AGAGCGCAGAGAAGGAGGAAGAGCGCGGGGCGGGCGCCGUGGUGCUGAGCGGGUGGCGGGGGGACGCCGCGCGGCUGGGCCCGGCCGCCGGGGACGAGGAGCGGGGCCACCGGGGCGGGUGCUGCGUGCCCUCUGCCCUGCUGCUGCCCCACCGGGCACGACCACGGUGAGCACACUGGGAGGUAGCUCGGGGCUGCACCCCGAAAGCUCUGCUCGCUGCCCUCAGCACCCUGCCAGAGCCGCGGGAGCGCCGUGUCUGCGAGGGAGGGCUGGAGCCCCCAUCAUGAGGAGCAGCCGGACCCCCAGCAUCCCCCCGCAGCCUCCCCGCUCCCGCUCCUGCCGCACCGCCCGGCUGCGGGGCUCGGCACGGGGCGCCCCGUCCCCAUGAGCAGCGCCUCAGCGGCUGCACGUCACCCGUCGGGACCCCCAGCCGCCGCCUCGCCUGGGCGCCGGGGGGCCGGGCCCCCACCUUCGCCUUCCCGACCCACCCCCGUGGGCCGGCUGAUGUGGGGCUGGGACCGCGGCACAGCGCGGCCAGCCUCCUGCCACUCGGGGGGAUGGCGGCGGCCAGCUGGUACCACCGGGACAUCAGCCGGGUGGUGGCUGAGGACCUGCUGGCCAAGGCCGGCAGGGACGGCUGCUUCCUGGUGCGGGACAGCGAGUCCGUGGCGGGGGCAUACGCCCUUUGCCUCCUGUUCCAGCGGCACGUCCACACCUACCGCAUCCUCCCCGACGACGAGGGGCUGCUCUCCGUCCAGACCAUCCAGGGCAUCCAGGCCAAGUGCUUCCGCACGCUCCCCGACCUGAUCGGCGCCUACCAGCAGCCCAACAACGGGCUGGUGACGCCCCUGCUCUACCCCGUGCACCGGCCCCGGGACGUGGCCGACGAGGACUCGGACGGGGAGGACGGCAGAGGGAACCAGGCAGGCAGCGCGGUCCCCGCUGGGGGGUCCGGGGGGAGCACGGGGCUCGGCGCUCCCCCUGCCCGGCCCCACAUCUCGCAGCAGCUGCAGCUGAGGCUGCAGGAGCAGGUCCACAGCAGCCCAGCCAGCGACUUCAUGGGCUUCAUGGCCGAGUACCUGACCCAGCACCUGCAGCUGGACCUGGAGGCGCUGCGCAACGGGCACCUGCAGCUGCGCCACCUCAGCACCGCCCUCGUCACCGCCUGCAGGGCGCUGCACAGUGAGAUCGACUUCACGUUGGCGGGGCUGGAGACCCUGGCCAGGGUGUUCGACCCCCCUGCGUCCCCUCGCAGCCCAGCCAGGGAGCAGGGCCUCCUGGCCAGCGAUCCCGACCUGGAGCUGCUCCUCAACAAGAUCUCUGCCGUCAACCACCUGCUGUCAUCGCUGGAGAAGAAGGUGCUGAGGUCCCUGCAGGAGACGGUGUCGCGGCACAACCUGGCGCUGCCCAGCCUGGCGGCCCCGCCGCCGGCCACCAAGCCCCUGGCCGUGCAGUGCUUCGAGGUGAAGGUGGGCAAGUCGCAGCGGGCAGCCCUGACGGUGGACGUGGAGCUGGGCACGGUGGCCAUCACCAAGAGGGGCAGCGGGUCGCCGGAGGAGACCAUCCCGCAGGACAAAAUCCUGCAGCUGAUUAAAUACCAGAGCGUGCAGAGCAAGGUGAGGCUGGUGUACGACCGCGACCUGCAGAGGAGCCUGAGCAAGGACUUCGUCUUCCCCAGCGCGCGGAAGCGAGAAGCCUUCUGCCAGCUGCUGCAGCUGAUGAAGAUCCAGCACUCCAACCUGGACGAGCCCGACCUCAUCUCGGUGUACGUCGGGACGUGGAACAUGGGCAGCGCCCCGCCGCCGCGCUCCCUCGCCUCCUGGCUGACCUCGCGGGGCUUGGGGCGCACGCAGGACGAGACCACCGCCUGCAUCCCCCACGACAUCUACGUCAUCGGCACCCAGGAGAACUCCCUGGGCGACCGCGAGUGGGUCGAGUUCCUGCGCGCCUCCCUCAAGACGCUGAUGGCCAUCGACUACCGAGUGGUCGCCCUGCAGUGCCUGUGGAGCAUCAAGAUGGUGGUGCUGGUGAAGCCCGAGCACGAGCGGCGCAUCAGCCACGUCCACACCUCCAGCGUCAAAACGGGGAUCGCCAACACGCUGGGGAACAAGGGGGCCGUGGGCGUCUCCUUCCUGUUCAACGGGACCUCCUUCGGCUUCGUCAACUGCCACCUGGCCUCCGGCAGUGAGAAGACCCACAGGCGGAACCAGAACUACAGCGACAUCCUGCGCUCCCUGGCGCUGGGCGACAAGCGGCUCAGCGCCUUCGACCUCACGCUGCGCUUCACCCACCUCUUCUGGUUCGGGGACCUCAACUACCGCCUCGACAUGGACGUGCAGGACAUCCUGACCCACGUCACCAAGAAGGAGUUUGACAUCCUGCUGGCCGUCGACCAGCUCACCCUGGAGCGGGAGAAGAACAAGGUGUUCCUGCAGUUCAGAGAGGGUGACAUCUCCUUCCCACCCACCUACCGGUACGAGCGGGGCUCCCGGGACAGCUACAUGUGGCAGAAGUUCAAGACCACGGGGAUGAGGAUCAACGUCCCCUCGUGGUGCGACCGCAUCCUCUGGAAGUCGCACCCCGAGACCCACCUGGUCUGCAACUCCUACGGCUGCACCGACGAUAUUGUCACCAGCGACCACUCGCCCGUCUUCGCCACCUUCGAGGUGGGCGUGACGUCGCAGUUCGUGCCCAAGAACGCUCCCGGCAGCAGCCCCGAGCCCCUGGCCUGCAUCGAGUGGGAGAGCAUCGAGGUGAUCGUGAAAACCGCCAGCCGCAGCAAGUGCUACAUCGAGUUUCACUCCUACUGCCUGGAGGAGGCUCAGCGGAGCGGGGAGAACAGCUCCCAGAGCUGCGACGUCCCCGGCUUCCUCAAGAUGGGCUGGUCGGCCAAGCAGCUGCCCGUGCUGAACCCCAUCCUGCCGGACCUGGAGUACCUGGGGGACCAGCACCUGCUCCUCAGCAUCAAGGGCGUGGAGAGCUGCGAGUCCUACGGCGAGUGCUGCAUCGCGAUGAGGUCGAUGAUCGGCAGCAUGGCCCAGCAGUUCGAGACCUUCCUCUUCCACCGAGGCGAGGAGACGGGCUCCAUGCGGGGCUGGAUGAAGGUCCGGGUCCCCAAGGAGAGACACAGCACCCGCGAGAGGCUCUACGAGUGGAUCAGCUUUGAGGAGGAGGACGAUGCUCCGGCAGCGGACACCCCGACGUGCCCCAAGCCACCUCUCAGGAGCCGGCCCCACAGCCUCCCGGAGGCCAGCAGCUACACCAACCCAGCCUACUUCAUCUUCGAGGGGCUCCCCACCACGUGGGCGCUGGGCACCGGAGAAGCCCCCAACACGCAGGCGGAGAGCCCGACGGGGGGCCAGCGGCGCCGGAGCCCCCUCAGGGCACGGGUCCCCUCGCCCUCGCCCCGCGGGUGCCUGCUCAGCCCCCCUGGCGUGGGCAGGCAGAAGCGACCCAAGUCGGCCAUCCUGGAGAGGGAUGCGCCAGCAAUGGGCGACUGCUCGCUGACGGCGCUGCACAUGGCCACCUGCCUGAGCCAGCUGGACCGGCUGGCCCCCGGGCGUGCAGGGGACAGCCACAAGGUGCUGCUGCGCCAGACCCACAGCGCCCUGGAGCCGCCCCCCCGGCGCUCCCCGGGGGUGCCGGGGCGCACCACGGAUGCUCGCCAGCACGGCCACCCUGGAGAGUGGCCCUGCGACAGGUCCCGCAGCGCUGGCGUGGGGCCGGGCCACCUCGGCGUGCAGCAGUACGAGGAGGGGCUGUGCACCCACGGCUGGGACGGCCCCGAGUUCUUCAGGUACCCCCCAGCCCUGGAGCUGGCAGCAGGGGGCUCAGAGCACACCAGCACCACUGCCCCCAGGGUCCCUGGCAGAGCCCCGCGCCCUGGGGGGAACGAGAGGUGAGCCUCAGGGCAGGGCAGGGCGCAGGAGGCCGGGGGUGCACCCGCCGUGUCCCCAGGUCCUCGUGGAGGCCUGGGGGGGUCCCCGCUCCCUCUCGGUGGCUUCCCGGCAGGGGCUCUCUCUGGCCACAUGUGUAGGGAUGGCACCGAGCGGGACCUGCUGGAAGCUGGGGGGCUCAGCCCUGCCCACCGCAACGCCACUCCAUGGUGAGGUGCUUGGGAACCCCUCGGGGAGCCUGCAGCACAGAGCCCGCCUCAAGCCUAGAGCCUAGACCCAGACGUGUGGGACUGGGAACAUCCCACAGGGGUUCUGUCGCCCACCUCGCCUGGACACAGCCAGCACCCAGGACUGGACCUCCUGGCCAUGUGCCCGACCUGCCUGGGCCCACCAGUGGGGGACUGGUGUGCCUCAGCUGGACAGCCUCGGGAAGUGGACAUGGGGAUGGAUGCUCUCCGGGUGUCGCCGCACGUCCCCGGCCUCCCUCCCCUCCCCAAAGCAAUGGAAGGACCCUGCUGAGCCCCCCCAGAGAGGAGGACAGGGGACAUGGGGCUAACGGAGGCCGCUCAGGAGGUGGGGACUGCUGGAUGCUUUGGACCUGGAGGCCCUGAGCACCCUCGUGCCUCGGCCGCGUCAGCCGCUCCCUCGUCCCGCCGCUCAGCCUGGCUGGGCCCACGUUCCCUGAGGAUUUCUCCUCCAGCAGCUGCUCCCGGGGCUGCGUUCGGUUUCUGUACGAGGUGCACCUUGCUGCUCCCACCUGCAAUAAAGUCUCAGGGUUCGGAGGA